CUCGAACUUGUAUAUAAGGCCCUGCACUGAAAUUACAAACAUUUCUCUCUGACAUAAAUGUCUCCCAUAAUGUCUCUGGCCACCAUCACUCUCGUCAGUUGCAUUGUCCUAAGCUUGGUUCCUCAAACUCCAGCAGCAUAUGGGCCGCUGAACUACGCCUGCUGUGUGAAAUACACUCGGAAUCCUUUGCCCUUCGGUUUAAUCAAAGGCUUCAUCAUGCAGAGCUCCCGUGAGGUGUGUCGCAUAGAUGCCAUCAUUUUUUUCACCAAGCAUAAAAAGGUGUGUGCGAGCGCUGAGGAUGAGUGGGUGAGAGCAGCACUUUCACGUCUGAAGGCCAGAAUAAAUAAACUGGCACUGUCUGGAUCUCAUCAGCACCACAUCAGUGUUGGUAUGAACAGUACGAUUCACACCAGCACCAGCACUAGUACCAGCAGCCCAUGAAGCUUUUUCAGAUAACUGUGAUUUUAAGUAAUUCAUUUGAUGGCAUUAUUCAAUUCUGCCUAAAUAUUCUUCUAUGUCUUCUAUGGAACUUUAUUUUUCUACUUUUAAAUAUCUUGUAUUAAGUCUGAAAUAAAGAGAUUUCUCCUACACAAAAAUUUUGAAAUAUAUG